AUGGCUUUGGUGAGGAGUCUAUUGGGUGCAAAGAAGAUGCUUGGAGCUGCAACAAGCAAAAGAGCAACCUCGGCUGCACCAAAAGGGUUUCUUGCAGUGUACGUAGGAGAGAGCCAGAAGAAGAGAUAUGUGGUGCCAAUCUCAUACUUAAGCCAGCCUUCGUUUCAAGCUCUUCUCAGUAAAUCAGAAGAAGAGUUUGGGUUUGAUCAUCCAAUGGGUGGCUUAACCAUCCCUUGUCCUGAAGAUACUUUCAUCAAUGUUACUUCUAGGCUUCAGUGAUAAUUGUCCAACAUAUUGUUCGUCUAGUUAGAAAUAGAUUUGUUCCUUGUAGAUAGAGGAUUUUUUUCUCUUCUUCUUGAAAGAGUUGUUCUAUAACUUUUUGAAGAGAAUGCCACAGAUACGAAGAUCUAUGUGAAUGCCAUAUAAUUUUUUGAAAAACCA